UAGGGGAAUAAUUCUCAUGACUGUACCUCACUUGCAAGCUCGCGUCGUCGUGUGUAAAGUGUUGAGUGAAUAACUAGUUCAAAGCAACAGAGGUAUCACAAGAGGCGCUGUUCUGCAACAGUGACACUUUCAAGGAAUUGCUUUUAUACAUCAUACUUCUCUUAGCAAAAUGGACUGCAAGGUUUGUCUCAAGAAGUUCAACAGAGAAGACAGACGACCUCGCUACAUCCCCUGCGGCCACACGUUCUGCGCGUGUUGCCUCGGGGGGCUCCUGAAGGGCGGGUCCUUAGCCUGCCACAUUUGCCAAGUAGAACACGGCGCCUCGGACAUUACGCAGUUCCCUGUCGCCCUCCUCAUAGAAGAACUCAUUGGAGACAGCGACGUGAGCAAGCCAGAGGAAGCUGCCGUGACCACGCCGGCUGCAGCUUCCCUAGGACCCAGCUGUCACGCAGGGAAGACCAUCAGCAAGAAGCUAACCUCGCUGAGAGAGGAGCAGAAGAAAGAGCUCCAGUCUGCCGAGGACGCCUGCUGCGCCAUGGCCAGGGAGCUGACGGACUACAACAACACCCUCGUUCAGUGGGACACGGAGCAUCGGGCGCUCCUGGAAAGCAUCAGGAGACUCAUGAUCAAGCCGAGCGAAGAGGCGCUGGAGAUGAUAGCAGAAGAAAGGAGCCAUCUGCGCGAGUUGAAGAACGAAGGAGAACAGCAUCGCUCGCGAUUGGGGAAGGCCAAGGAGGCGCUCGCGACCGUGGAAACCGCACAGGAAGUCGUGACCGCCAUUGGCGAUGCCGAUCAGUGCCAAGUUGUUGCGGAAGAAUGGCACCAGCAGUGUCGAGAGAAGUUUCCUAACAUCAAGUCUGUGCAUCGAUCAUUCAAGGUUCGGUUGCUCAUCGAAAAGGCUCUGAAGAUAAUGUAUGGGGGACUACAUGGAGACCGCUGUGUCCCUCUGCAUUCGCUGUAUAAGACCAUACACGACGAUGGCUGCAUCCCCGUGUACUUGGCAGACAAUGACUACAACAUUAAAACGAAAGUCGACUACAUUGGCGAGUUUGCCAGUAUGAGAUUUACGGCCGAGGACCUUCGCAAGCCGAACAUGCAUCUAAAAGGUCUGCUGAAAGCGAACUUAGUGUAUGCGACGAAGUUCUUGGACAGCCAGCGUCUCUUUUCUAAAGUCAGUCUACAAGAUGACGGGAGGAUUCUUCUUCACGGUCUCACAGAAGAUACUCCUCCCGAAGGCGCUUGUAUCUUGCAGUUCGACGACGCCCUGAAACAGAUGAACGAGACCAACACACUGACUUUCCUGGACAUCGCCCUGGCGGACUCUCCAGCGCGUCGCGUCUUCAUCCGCCUGAACCCAGUGAGUGUUCGAGGCCGCCACUACGUCAUCUUGUGCACGGGCCAGCUGGGUCGGUCUUACAUCGACUCCAGCCUUCGGAAGGUCGUCAACCAAGACAAUCCUGGCGAGUUCAUUGUCGGAGGACGUUUUUCCAGUGCGGGAGGACCCCCUCAUCUGCCCUUCGAUAACCGUGUCGACCGCACAGCUUCGGCAGGAGUCGUCUUCGGUCUGCCCGGAGAUGUGACCAAGGGGUCCGAAGGGUUCGGGCUCUUCUGCGUCUGCACGAAAGGCAAGGUUAAUACGGAGUUCCCCACGGCGUUCGGACGGGUGGAGAGUGGCCUCGACGUCUUCAUCUCGGCCACGAAGAAGGCUGAUGUCACUAGCUGCAAGUUAGUCGACUGCGGUGUUGUGCUGGGAUGAUCUAGUCCGCAACAGAUUCAUUUGCUUGUGUUUGGCGUAUUUCUCUACCUGUUUUUUCGUAUAUUUUACCUGUAUAUGUACUAUGUAAAUUGAACAAGCCAGUGUUUGUGGAAAUAAAACAGAGUAGUAUC